AUGAAAAUGUUGAAAUUUGUUUUAGUUAUUUUAUGUUGUUCUAUUUUUGAUCGUUCAGAAGGGAAAGUUUAUGAAAAGUGCGAGUUAGUGCAAACAUUGAUCGAGUCUUUCAAUGCUACAAUUGAGAUUGCUGAGAAGCUCGCAUGUAUUGCUGAACAGACUUCUGAGUUUGACACUCAAUUUAUGCAGAAUGAUUCUUAUGGAAUUUUCAAUAUUUCUUGUGGAUCACAAGAGUCAACAUUGACUUGCAAUAAUAAUUUCUGCUUAUCAUUGUUAGACGACAAUCUUGAUGAUGACUUUGAAUGUGCUUUGGAGCAGUUAGAAGAAUGGAAUGACAUUGAAUAUUCUUUUGAUAACUCAACAUUUAAUAUAAGCGAUUGCAAUAUUUCUGAAGAAGAUAAUGAGAUUGAUUUGACGUUCGAUGAUGAAGACGUUCCAUCAAUGGACAGUGAAAUUACAUAUGGAACUAUAAUCCCAAUAGAUAUUGAAGGAAUUACCAUCGAAAAUCCCAUCAAAGUGUUUGAGAAAGAGCAAGAAUAUGAACAAAAAGUCGAUUUCUUCCCACCAAUAAUACAGAAAUUUCAUGUCAUUCAUGAUUUGAUACAAACAAAUUAUGAUCGACAACAAAAUGUUAAAUACAUUUUUCUAUUUGUUUAA